AUGAAAAGCGUUGUUGCUUACGCUACGCUUUUAGAGCUGCCACUGAAGUCAGCCGUAGGCACAGACGCCCCGAAUAACGACGAAAGACUUCCGUUUGACCCGGAACGCUUGUGUGCAGUCGAAGCGACAGUGGGAAGCAUAGAAAUCCAGAACAAGCUUAACCAGUUAAUCGCGACGAAGAAAAGACUUGCUCAGUUGCAAGAAGCAGUGAAGAAGUUGGAAACCGAUAAAUACUUGCUGGGUGGUCGGAUGGCGUCGCUCUCUGGAGACGGGGGUAGUCAAGCGGCGGCAAACGGGGGUCGUUCUUCAAAUUUACCACCGAUGUUUCCUGCGGAGACGGCAGUCGAUAAAGUCGGUCCGUACGUACGCUUUACGUAUAAGUUGCGUGACGCGUCUUCGUUUUAA